GUGGGCCUGAUGGAGCCUCCGACCGACACGCGGCCCCCCGAGGUCGGGGCAGAGGUGUCGGCGAGGCGGGCCGAGUGGACCGAGUGUCUCAUCAACGAUCCGGUCCAGGGCGGCGAGGCUGGUGGCGGCGCGCUGCGCGUCGAGACGUGGGUGUUCCGCACGACGACUUUGGCGAUUUCGAGCGGCUGCUGAAGCUUCGAGGCGGUACUUUCGUCGGCAGCGGCCACGCGGUGCGCUGCCGGGAGCGCCAGGUGGACGAGCAGAUGCGCUGCGCCGAGUGCGUCCGCCUGCUGCGGGGUGGCUUCUACGGCAGCCUCGGCGUCUCCGUGCCGGCGUACCCCCCGCAGCCUGAGGCCCUGGGCUGCCUGGCGCUCUCGAAGCUCAUCGACAUGCCCGCGCCGGCCACGCACGAGGACGACAGCGGCGACUGGGACGGGGACGAGGGCCGGCAGACCGCCUUCUGCAACUCGGUGAACGCUCGCUUCGAGAAGAUGGACGCGUAG